GCCUGACAUUCAUGUCCUCCCAGUCCCCCAUUCGCAGGAAGCUCGUCAUUGUUGGCGACGGCGCAUGCGGCAAGACGUCCCUGCUCUGCUCCUUUGCGCUCGGAGAGUUUCCCAAAGAAUACCAACCGACCAUAUUCGAAAACUAUGUUGCUGAGAUCAGACUAGACGGGAAACCCAUCCAGCUCGCCCUCUGGGAUACUGCUGGCCAGGAAGAAUACGAGCGCUUGCGACCGCUCUCGUAUUCGAAAUCUCAUGUCAUCCUCAUUGCGUUCGCGAUCGAUACUCCCGAUUCGCUCGACAACGUCUCCGUCAAGUGGAUAGAGGAAGUCCGCUCCAUCUGCGGCCCCACCAUCCCCAUCAUCCUCGUCGGCUGCAAGGUCGACCUCCGCCCGCCACCGAACGACCCCAACGCAUCUCAGUACGUCUCUCGCGCCCAGGCGGAGCGCGUCGCCCAGGAGAUCGGCGCCCGCGCCUACAAGGAGUGCUCCGCCCUCAAGAUCGAGGGCGUCGACGACGUCUUCGAGGCCGCGACCCGCGCGAGCAUGCUCAUGCGCGAGGGCGUCUCCGCCGGCGGCGCCCACCAGAGGAGGCGGAGCAGCCUCUCGGGCGACCGCGAAGAUGCGGGCACGGGCCUGAAGUGCUGCGUGAUUUGCUGACGCGGCCGUGCGAGGCGCAUUGGUCCCGUCGGUGGCGCGGUGUGAGGGGUGGAGGCAGGAUAUGCAGACGGAUACAGAGUGGACUUUUGUUUGGGUCUAAGCCACUCGCCCUUCAUUUUUUUUCUCCUUUCUUCUCACAUGUUAUAAGCUGCUAGCG